AGACAACAAGGGAUAAAUUUUGGAUUUAAAAAUUCAUAAUUUCAAGAAUGAAGAUGAUAAGACAAUUAACAAAUUUGCGUCAUCUCCUACGCAAGCAGGUAAACAACCGACGUCCUGUCUACCUUUCCUCUCAUCCACUCACUUCACUCUUAGGUAGUCGCCGCUUAUUUAAAGCUGUAAAUUUAGACACACUGACUCCUACCAUGCCUAGUUCAAUGGAUCCUAAGGGCAUCGUCGUCUUCACAUCCGUUGGAAGGUCACAGUACGGCUUCGACAUCUUCACCGUCAAUCUUAAUCAAACUCCCAUCACAGGUUCGACCUCCGAACACCGCCUCACUGACGGUAUUUCCAUCAACUACAACGCUCAAUUUGUAAACGAAGAUCAGUCCAUCGUUUUUAUCUCUGAACGGUCGGGUUGCCCCCGGAUUUACCUCACCCGCCGAGGCCUAUCCAAGCCCGAGCAGCUACCAUCUGUUCCCGACAGCCUCUUCCACGAUCGACCCAUCAUCAAAAGCCACCAUCUUUACUUCAUUUCAGCUCAUGAACAACCUGAGAAACCUUUCCAGAGCUGGUCCGCUCUUUAUUCAACCGAGCUCCAUGGUAAAAGGAAAAUUAUACGACUGUCUCCCUACGGGGUUGUUGACUAUAGCCCUGCAAUUUCAAAAUCUGGAACAUUUGUAGCCAUUGCAUCGUAUGGUUCUCGUCCCUGGGAAGGUGAUUUUCACGAGCUGAAAACGGAUAUCGUUGUUUUCCCAACGUCCGAUCCGAAUAAUCGUUUGGUUGUUUGCGAGAGAGGCGGUUGGCCCACUUGGUCUGGUGACUCAACCAUUUUCUUUCACCGCCAAGCUGACGAUGGCUGGUGGAGCAUUUUCCGGGUGCAAUUUCCAGAAAAUCCUCUUGAAUUGUCUGAAUUCCCAGUCCUUCCUCUCCCCAUCACUCCUCCUGGUCUCCACUGCUUCACUCCGGCAGCCUUCAACGACGGAAAACGAAUCGCAGUCGCAACUCGGCGACGCGGCAAGUGUUACAGACAUAUCGAGAUUUUCGACCUCGAGAGGAAAGUUUUUCACCCAGUGACAGAGUUGCUGAACCCAGCUUUUCAUCAUUAUAACCCCUUCGUCUCUUCCAACUCUGAGUCCCUCGGGUACCACAGGUUCAGAGGUAAGUCGAUUGAGGGUGAGUCGAGGGUUCCACAUCUGGAGCCAGUUGCGUCUCCCAUCGAAGAUCUAGGCAUGCUGCGAAUCAACGGGUCAUUUCCUUCUUUCAGUCCCGACGGAAGUCUCCUAGCGUUGAACCCCGCUUUGGAUGAAAAUGGAGGCAUUAAAGUUGUAAAAUCGGACGGCUCAGAACGAUGGACCUUGAUCAAGGGCCGUGUGGCAUUUUGCAACUCCUGGAGCCCAACGGAAAAAUACGUGAUUUACUCUUCCUUGGGUCCGAUAUUCGAGUCAACUAAAACGACGGUCCAGAUCGCACGAGUCACAUUUGAGCCUUCAUAUCUGAACAGUGAUCUUCAAGAGAUCCCGUGCGAUGUAAAGAUUCUCACGCGAGAAGAUACAGGGAAUAACGCCUUCCCGUCCUGCUCUCCCGAUGGGAAGUCCCUCGUGUUCCGCUCAGGCCGUUCUGGACAUAAGAAUUUGUACAUACUUGAUGCGGUUAACGGCGAAUUCAACGACGGUAUACGUAAGUUAACUGCUGGCCCUUGGAUUGAUACGAUGCCCUCCUGGUCCCCUAACGGGGAUCUCAUAGCCUUUUCAUCCAACAUGCAUAAUCCGAAUAACGUGGAUGCCUUCAGCAUUUACGUGAUUAAACCCGACGGCUCUGAUCUUAGGAGAAUUUACGCGGCGGGACCGAAGGGAUCGAGUGACGUGGACAUGGAGAGGAUCAACCACGUGUGCUUUAGCCCGAAUGGGGAGUGGCUGGUGUUCGCGGCUAACAUAGGCGGCGUGACGGCUGAGCCGGUUUCGUUUCCAAACCAGUUCCAGCCGUACGGAGAUUUGUAUGUGAUGAGGUUGGACGGGAGUGGAUUGAGGAGGCUGACGUGUGAUGGAUACGAAAAUGGGACGCCAACGUGGCAUUUUGGGGGUGAGCUGGAUAUGAGACGUUUGUGUCUAGGGAAUGAUGCUGGGGUUGAACUGACCGGUGGAUUUGAUGAACCACUGUGGAUUACUUCUGAUUUUAAUUAAAGUCACUUUUGGAAUAUAAUCAAGUAGAAUUAUAUUAUAUUUUUAUUUUAUAAAUAUAAAUUUUAAAAAAAUCUUAAGUAUCAUUAUUAUUAAUAAUAAAAUGCGGACUUUUCUUUCUUUC